UCUUCCAUUUCGCUGUACCAAUGCGUUAAAGCUCUUCUUCCUAGUCUUGCCCGCGUCUGCUUCCACAGUGGUUGGUGGUCGGUGGUCGGUUCGUACCCGCUUAGCCUCACUCCUCCUCCAUGCUUAUGAAUCUCAGAUCACAUCUACCAGAAACUAUCAGUAAGAUCUAGGGCUUCGUAUAAUAGAAAAUGGACAGGAUGAACCAGGCCUUUGAGAAGAUGAAAAUGCUGGUGGGAAUGGAGGUUGGAGAUGAAGAAGAGCAGCCAGAACCUUCCUUCCUCGAUGAUUUCAAUCGCAAUUGCACUUUAUCAACAAAGCAGAGACUGUAUGGGUUUGCAAUUUGCUUAGCCGCGGGUAUAACUUGCACACUCAUGUCAAUGCUUGUUUUCUUCCAUCCUAUCAAAUUUGGGAUAACAUUCUCCUUUGGCAAUGUGCUUGCUCUUGGAAGCACAGCAUUUCUCAUUGGUCCGAAAAGACAAUUGACAAUGAUGCUUGAUCCAGUUCGCAUAUAUGCAACAGCAAUAUACAUGGCCAGUAUCAUAAUUGCUCUUUUUUGUGCAGAAUAUGUUCAAAACAAGCUAUUGACACUUUUGGCAAUUGUGUUGGAGUUUGGGGCUCUUGUAUGGUAUAGCCUAAGUUACAUUCCAUUUGCAAGAUCAAUGGUUUCAAAGAUAGUGGCGGGAUGCUUCGACACUGAAUUUUAGAGCUAUGAUAUUAUUAUAUCAUGGCAGCUUGCUGUUCUUGAGAUGCAGAAUGAAAAUGAGAGUGGCAGCAGGGCGCAGAGAGUGAGAGUCACAAGCAGCAAAAGAAAUCAUGCAUGAAUUCUCUUCUCUUUUUCUUUUUGAUCGGAUAAUGUUGUCUUUUUAAUUAAGCAAAUAAUGAAUGAUUAUUGGAAUUGACUUGUUUUUGCCGUACGGUAGGUGGCUUCAACAGCUUGAACAACACACUUUUGGCAAAACCUGAGUUGAGCUUGUCUCUCUGUCA